AUGGCCUCCACACCCCUUCAAACAUCCACACAGCCGGCCCUGGCUGACAAGGAGGCGUCUGACCUCGAGAAGACGGCUCCUCCCAGUCCCGACAACACUUCUCUGGAGGACGCAACCCUCGCCGCACUGUCGCGCGUCAAGACUGCCGACGAGCACCACCCCAUCCACUGGAGCUCGACCAAGAAAUGGUUCAUCAUCUUCUGGUACUGCCUACUGCAGGCAUUUGUCACUCUCACCACCACCACCUACGUGUCGGCCGAGUUCCUGGUCCAGGAGACGUACGGCGGCUCUACCCAGGUCGUCGCCCUGGGCCAGUCCAUGUUCAUCAUCGGCACUGCCGUCGGGCCCGCCUUCCUCGGCCCCUUGUCGGACAUCAACGGCCGGAAAUGGGUCUACGUCGGCGCCAUCUCCGUCUAUGCCAUCCUCAACAUCGGCUGUGCCAAGGCGCUGAACCUUCCCAUGUUGGUCAUCUUCCAGUUCCUAUGUGGAGCAGCCGGCAGUGUGGCCCUGUGUAAUGUCGCUGGUACUAUUGCCGACCUCUUUGGGGACUCGGACGGUGCUGGCCAGCCCAUGGCCCUAUUCGUCGCCUCCGCCAACUCCGGCCCGUCUAUCGGCUCGCCCGUCGGGGAGUGGAUUGCCGAGAACCCCAACAUGGGCCUUCCGUGGAUCUUCUGGAUCAACGUCAUCAUAGGCGCUGCUUUCGCCAUAGGCAUGUGCUUCCUGCCAGAGACCCUCCCGCGGACCGUCAUUGCGAGGGCCGUCAAGAAACACCAGGCUUCCAGCCCGGAGGAGGUCGCCGUUGCAGAGGAGAAGAUCGAUGUGCUGAAGGAGAUGAGGUUCGUCACGACAAUGGCCCUCAGGAUCAUGGUUACCGAGCCCAUUGUGCUCUUCCUCGGCCUGUACAACGGCUUCGCCUACGGCCUUCUGUUCCUAUACCUGGAUGGCGUCUUCGACGUUUUCGUGUACAACAACGGAUUGAGCUACAUCGGGGCAGAUCUCACUUACCUGAAUUUCAUAGUCGGUGUGACCAUCAUGUUCUGUAUCGUUCCCUUGCAGACCUACCUUUACAGGAAAGACCGUCUCAAGCACGGCACCAACCGUCCCGAGGCCCGCUUCCUUACUUCUCUGGUCGGCGUCUGGGGGUUCCCCAUCUCAUUACUGUGGUUCGCGUUCACCGACGAUGGGUCCGUAAGCUUCUGGUCACCUGUCGUCGCUGGCGGCCUUCUGGCCGUCUGCGACCCCCUGCUCUGGCUGGCCAUGUUGAAUUACCUGACAGACUCUUAUCCGAGCGUCGCCGCCUCAGCUGUCGCCGCCUUCCUGAUCCCGUCGUUUCUGAUCGCCGCGGGCCUUGCGCACGCAGGCAUCGCCAUGUUUGAAAACAUGACUACCAAGUGGGCUAUGGCGACGCUGGGGUUCAUCUCGUUUGGCCUGGUCGCCCUGGUCUAUGUCUUGUACUUCUUCGGUCCUCGGAUCAGGGCGAGGUCGAAGCUCGCUCGGAAGUCAUAG